AUGCCUUCACCUUUCACAUCUCCCGGAACCCAUAUUCACGACGUACAACCUCAGAUUCACCUUGGCUCAUUAUACUUAAUAUACCUCUCCUGCUUUCAAAGCCCCGACGUCAGUCGCAAGCGGCAUCCAAAGAUGUUUGAAGCUAUAACCACCGCAAGGAAGAAUAUAGCAAGCUUUGGCCGCAAGCUUAUUGAAAUCGGUCAGUUCCUUGCCAGGUUCAGCGACUCUCCUACUCGCGAAAACGACACCGUGCACGCAGUCAGCCUCAAUGUACUCCAUAAACAUGUGUACGAGGCAGGUCAGGAUGAUCGGGUCCAUAGAUUGGAAGCAAGGUGUGCCGAGAUGCAAGAGAUGAUAAACACCAUGAGGGCGCGAGAGGAGUCUCUGAGGGCUGAGAGGAGCAAUAGCGAGAGAGAGCAGACUGCCGAAGAUAGAAGCAGGCUCGAGAAUAGCAGGCUCAACUUGCAGGAAGAACGUAAAAAAGUGUAUGAGGACGGGAUUUUUCCGCAAGUAUGGCCGACCCUGGAGCAAAAGUUGAAGGCAGAGCAGAUGCUUCGGUUUAGGUCGGAUCUAUAUGCCUUUGCUGUCGCAGGGAUAUCCGGCGCUGGCAAGUCAUCGUUAAUAAACGUUUUCUUGGGGGAGAAGAGGGCAGCUACCGGUGCUGUGGAGACAACGACAAAGAUCAACCGCUAUCCAGAACUAGGGGAGGAGCCACAUCGCAAAAGCAAUGUCUGGUAUGAUAUUCCCGGCGCUGGGACGCUCAAUAUCCCUGGUUGGCAAUAUUUCAAUCAGCAGUGCCUGUUUAUCUUUGACCUCAUCAUUCUCGUUAUUGGUGAUCGCUUUACCGAGACGGAUAUUCAGAUACUAAAGCACUGCAACCGCUUCAAAAUCCCCUCCAUCCUCGUACGCUCCAAGGCCGAUCAGCAUAUUUCGAAUAUGAUGGCAGAUCAUCAAGACAGCCACGACAGAGUACCUAAGCCUCAGAGAGUACUGUAUCAACAAUGCCGAAUUAAAUUCAUAGCCCAGACACAUGCGAGCGUAGAUAAUCAGCUGAGACUUAGCGGACUACCACCGCAGCGUGUUUUCAUCGUUUCAACUAGGAGCCAAGCCUUUAAAAAAGUCUAUGCAGAGCUUGGAAAUAUUAUGACUGUAGGGAUGAAUGAUUCAGGCCUUCGGGAGGAAAUGGAGACGUUUAUCGACGAGGUGGAUCUAAUUUCCGAGAUCCUGAUCACAGCACGCAAGAGGCGCUGCGAACAGAUAGAAACAGAUUGUCUCAAUGCUCCCUCCGCCACUGGCCCCGAACCUACGUCGGCAGAGUACGGUACCCGUCUCUCCACUCUCGAAAUAAACUUGAUCGAGAAUAUAAAAAAUGGGUCAAUCGACGACAUGCUUCGAUGCUACCUCAAUGAAGACGGCGAGAGAGUAUACAAGAGAUGUCCCUGCGGGUAUCCCCAGCAGAGCGUUGGUCACAUUCUGAAACAGUGCACGCUUCUUUCUCAUGUCAGGGUCGAUGAAGACUCGUCUAUACCCUGGGUGGGAGGCUCUCCCACUCUUGACGGUCUCCUUUGCACCGAUGCUGGAAUGAUUCAAACAAAACGGAUCUGGGCGGCGUUUGUUGAAUACAGGGAUACCUGGAACUCCCUCAUCUCCUAG